AAAACCCAAUACAACGGGCUUGAGCCCUGAAACAAAUGCCACAGGAUUUAGCAACCAAAAGAUAAGAGUUGCUCAUGGCGCAAAAUGCAAAUGCCAGCUAAAAAAAAUCGACUCCGGGUUGCGUAACCCUCUGGAAAAGGAUGAGACUUUCAGGAUAGAGAAUUCAAAAAGCUACAACCUUUUGAUUGAGCUCGCUCCACCUUUCCAUGGCGGGCACCAUCAAACCCGUACUCCCUCCCCAACAACAAUUGAUCCCAACGAAACAAACCCUUCACCCUGCUUCUCCUCCAUGGAUUUCCCGCAAACCCAUUUCCCAUGGCGGCCAUUCAUCACUUGGCAUUUCUUCUUCUCACAGCAGGCCGCCACUCUCAGCCUCCGUUUCAUUCGACCCGUCGAGAAACUUCGACCUUUCUUUAUUCGACGACGAUCAAGACGCGUCGGAUGUCGCGCCGCAGCCGAUGCCGCCGAGCGAAGGAAGGUAUGAAGUUGUCAUCGACAAUGGCAUCAUUAGCGCACUCGAUUUGUCCCCGUUUCGCGAUGUUAUGCCUACGGGGAUUGUUAAUUCUUAUGAAGUAAAGCAGUUGUUGGAACGAAGCGUGGGGUUUACGAUUAACUAUACGAGGGACGAUCCUCGGGAUCCUCGAGAGCUGUCGGAGCUCCCUGAUGUGAGGCUCUGGUUCGUGAGGCUCGAUGCAGCUUAUCCAUGGCUGCCGGUGGUGCUUGACUGGAGAGCAGGGGAACUCGCCCGUUAUGCCGCCAUGAUGGUCCUUGUGCAGAUGAACAUGAAGAUGGGGGUUGUGUUCAAUCCAGAGGCGUUGGAGUUGUUUGUGAUGAAGAAAGUGUUUGCGGUGUAUUCUUGGUUGAAGGAGCAGAAUGUUAGCAAGGCUAGACUGAAGACAAGUGAUAUGGCUAGAAUGCUAGGGUUUGGGAUUGGAGAUGAGCUUUUUGACUUGAUUGAUAAAAAUUCUUUGCCUCUAUAA